AAAUCAAUAUCCGCACUCGAAAGUCAACUUGCACUUGCACGUGCUGCAUUGGCGCAUUCUGAAAAUACGAUGCAAGAACAAGAACAAAAAUUAAAUUAUGCUGAACAAACUAACGAGCAAAGUAAAUCUUUAAUAAAUGAUUUAAGAAACAAAGUCGCUAGAUUUAGUGAACGUGAAUCCACUACCGAACAUUAUAUUAAAGAUUUAGAAUCUAAACUUGAGGCUCAAUCUAUGGAACAACAGAAAGAUCAAGAUUUAAUAAAUGAACUAAGGAAUAAAAUCUCUCAAUUGAAAUCAAAUGGUGAUAGUACUGAAGGUUAUAUUCAAAGUUUAGAAUCUCGAUUAGCUACAAGUGAGGAACAAUUAAAUAAAUUUCGUCAAAAUGUUGCCAACCUCGAAAGACGUCUCCAGGAUCGUGAAGCUUCUUAUCAAGAUCUAGAGAACCGUAUGAGACUUGUGGAAGUUGAUGAUAAAAAAUUAUUACUGGAUGAAAUUGAUGAUCGUGAUAAAAGAAUCACUCAACUUGAACAAAAAGUCGAUUUACUCAUGAAAGAAUUAGAUAGAUUACGAGAAUUUUCUAAUUCUUCAUUUUCUAAUUCUUUAAUUGAUGAAACCGAUGGUCAUGAACGUUCUACUUCUGAAUUAUCUACAACUUUGUCAUCAUCACGAUCCAUUACACCUCAAUUAACUAGUGAGCAAGAACGAAUGACCGUUGUAUUGGAAGCAAAACUUUCUGAAUUACAGAAAACUCACGACAAUACCGUAAAAGAAUUUAAUGAAAUGAAGGAUAAAUACCAAGCAAGUGUUGCCGAAAUGGAUGACCUUCGUGCACAAUUAUCAGAAGCCAAAUUGAUUUAUUCAGAAAGAGAAGAUAACUUUAAAUCAACUCCUUCAACACCGAUUACACCAAUGUCACCUACUAGUUCGAAUUUUAGAUUUUCACUUCCACAAUCGGCACGUUCUAAUGAAUUAAGUAAAGAAGCUCUUCAUAAAUCACUCGAUGUUGCUAAACGUGUUUAUCACAGAAAGGCUAAAUCGCUUUCAGAAAUAAAAAGUACCGAAAAACGUGAUCUGGUCCAUCAAGUUAUUAUGCAAAAACUAAACACUGAACUUAAACAACUUUCUUCACUUCAUGAUGAUAAAGAUCAAGGUUUAGGUACUAUUAAACAAGAAUUUGCUCGUUUAGAAAUGUGUUAUCGUGAAACUCUUGAACUUGUUGAAGAGUUGCGCGAAGAGAUCAAGAGACGUGACGCGUUGGCCCAACUAGAAGUUAUGUCCGUAGUAACAUCAGAUCACACUUAUACUGAAGGUUAUUCUCCUUCUAUGAGUGACGUUGAUAAACUUGAUAUUGUCCAACGACUUCGUGAAGAAGUUGAACAACUUAAGGAAGAACAGAGGUUAGAAAUGGAAGUUCUCUCGAAAUAUAAAAAGGAAAAUAUUAACCAAGUUUCAAGAAUUGAAUCAAACAUUCGUGAUCUCCGUGAAGAAUUACAAAGUGUUCAAGAUUCUAAAAUCGAUGGUCAAAAUAAUGAUUCACGUGUAGUUGAAUUAGAAUUGCGUAUUAAAGAAUUGGAAAAACAAUUAGUCGAUGCUCAAGGAACCCAACAGGAAAAAAUUGUAGAGACAGUUAAAUCUCUUGAUGAUUCAAUUGAUUCAAUACCAGAAGAAAAUGCCAAUGCCUCAAAAUCAGAAAAUGAAAAAGACAAAUUAUUGGCACACCAACGACAGAUUGAGAAACUUCAAGUUGAAAUUGAAUCAAAAAGUCACACCAUUGCAGCACUUUUACUUGAAUAUGAAAAUAUCAUUAAAUUAAGAACGGAAUUAGCAUUGGCUAAAGAAGCUGAAUUUGUUAAUAAUCGGACCAUAAAGGAUCUUGAAUCUAAAUUAAAUAAUUCCAUAUCUGAAACUGAUUCUUCAGAGGACACUGAUUCACUAACUGCUUUAAAGGAUGAACUUUCAGAAGCCAAGUCAACUGAUUCGUAUCUUCGUACAACUAUUCAAGAGUUAGAGACUAAACUUUCAACAGCAGAAAAACAAUCAACUAGUUUACAAUCAUUAAAAGACGAGAUUACAUUGUUAAAAAAUUCGGAAGCCGAACAAAAAUCCAGAAUUGAACAAUUGCAA